AACGUUGGUCAAUGGGCCAGAUGUUCACCAAAAUCUUGUUUUUUCUCCUGUGUGUUGUCUAGCACAUGGUUGGACUACAUUUCCCAGCCACCCUUGCAGGUAGGUGUGGCCAUGUGUCUGAGUUCUGGCCAAUGGGACAUAGGUAGACAGGCUCUGUACUUCCCAUAAGCCCUGCCCUUCUUGGUGAGCUUUAAACCAGGUACUGAACAGGGCAGAACACAAGCUGAAAGGAAUCUGAGUUCCUGCUGUCCCACAGAGAACGAUCUGCUGAUCAGGAACACAUGCUGUGAGCUUAGUGUGUUUCAGCCAUUAUACCUGUCUUCAUCUAUUUGUGACAAUGGUGCCUUAACCGACACCCCUUGGGUGCACCCACCCUGCCGCCAGAGCAUGCCAUCAGCAUCACUAGCCUCCCUGGGCACCUGUACUGGGGUAGGGGAACUGGAUAACAGGCCAAGAUGCCCAGACAGCCCCCAUAGUUAGAGAACCAAACACCCUCUGAGCAUCUUGGGGCUUGAAGGGCCCUGAGUUCUGGGCCUUAGAACCCUAGAAAUAUCCAAUUCUGGAAGCACUAAAGGAGCUCUCACAGAAUACAAAAUCCCAUCUGUGCCAUUGAACAACUGGGGAAAUUGAGCCUAAGAGAACAGAAAGUACUUGAGGUCCCACAAUGAAUCUAUGGAUGAAUGAGUGCUUAUUCAUUCACUCAUUUUUUUAAAAAAAUCCAUUCCACAAGUAUGUCUUAAUCACUGCAGUGUAAGGCACAUAGGGACAAAAUAGAAGAUUCCUGUCCUCAUGGAACUCACAAACAAGCAAACAGGAACUGACAGACAUGAACAGGUACUACGGAGGGUAAAGCAAGACAAGAGGAUAAAGUGCAUGGUGGUCCGUUUUACUGGAGUGGUCACAGGGGGCCUCUCUGAGGAGGCAACAUCGAGGGGAGACAAGCCCCAAGCAUAUCUGGGGAAAGAUUUUCCAGGCAGAGAGAACAGCAAAAACCGCAGGAUGAGUGACAAGAGUCUGAGAAACACGAGGCUAGCUAGAGCAGAGGCAGUGGGGAAUGAAUAGGGGAAGAAAUUCAAGAAGGGGUGAGCAGCUUCGUCCUGCAGAGCCGUGUGGCUGGCUGUCAAUUCACAAUGCACAUUGGACCUCUCUGGCCCUGCUCAUAUGGAAGCUGUCCCCUUUGGACUUUGGAGACUCCAGUACUGGGGGUAGUGGGGAAGGGAAUGACCUCCGCUUUCCUAAGGCUUGAUCUUCUGGGGUCACCUCAUUUCUCCAAGUACCUGCAUUCCAUGUACAGGCUGAGAGACUUGUGCAUCUGGAGAAUUCAUUCAUUCACCAUUCAUUUAUUUAUGCAUUCAUUAUGCAAACAUUCUGAGCACCGCUGUGUGUCUGGCUCUGGCUUGAAAGAGAUGGCAGUUUGGAAGGAGAACAGACACAUCCAUUGUUACCACCUGAUGUGAUCAGAGCUGUGAUAAAGAGAUUGUGGAUGCCCAGAGGAGGCACUGGACCUGGCCUGAGAAUCAGGGAAGGCUUCCUGGAGCAGAGGCAGUGAAGAAGGAGGUAGGAUAUAGGAUGGUAUUCAUGGAGAGGCCCCACAACAUGAAAAGCUCAGAGGUGUGAGAGGCCUGUGGUGUUUGUGAAAUAUUCAGGGGCUGAAAUCUCUAAGGCUAAAGAGAGAGGGGUGGGGCAGUGGGAAAGACUGAGAUCAGAGAUACCAGAACAAGAGGGCCUUGCAGGCCAUGGUGACGACCACAGUGGGACACCUGGAUGCCCAUGUUAGCUCAGUCCUUGACUCACUGGGUGGCCUAAUCUAGGCACCCCCCAGUCCUGAAGCCUCAGUGGCCUCAUCUGUGAAAUGGAGCACUUUGGGUAGGCUGGCUCUGACAUUCCACCAAGUUCUCCGUGUUGUCUGCCAGCGUUCUUGGGGCCCCACAGAAAGAAUGGCCAGGCCAGGGCUGUACCUUCAGCUGCCACACUCUCUGUGUGUUUCCCCUGCCCCUGCCAUGCCUUCAAGUGUCCCUCAUUGCACUGGGAGAAGGAGCUGGAGGAGAUACCAGCAUUUACCUUCCAUUUCUUUUGGAGCAAGCUCCACAUGUAGGAAAAAAGAGGACAGGCUGGGUGGGGUGGCUCACGUCUGUAGUCCCGGCACUUUGGGAGGCUGAGGCAGGUGGAUCACUUGAGGUCAAGAGUUCGAGACCAGCCUGGCCAACAUGGUGAAACCCCGUCUCUACUAAAAACUACAAAAAUUAGCUGGGUGUGGUGGCAGGCGCCUGUAAUCCCAGCUACUUGGGAGGCUGAGGCAGGAGAAUCACUUGAACCCAGGAGGCAGAGGUUGCAGUGAGCCAAGAUUGCACCAUUGCACUCCAGCCUGGGUGACAGAGUGAAAAUCCAUCUCAAAAAAAAAAAAAAAAAAAGAAAAGAAAAAAGGAAGGACAAUUGUUCAGCAAGAGAGUGUCAAGUGUAAGUUUUUCUGGGCCUCCCUCCAAGGCCUCUUCCAUUCUGAUGAGUCUGUGCCUGAAAAGUGGGUAAGAGGGGCAGGCACUGGACCAGAAUGGCCACUGACCUGCUGUGUGGCCUUGGGCAAGUCACUUGGCCUCUCUGAGCUUCCCUUUGCUCCCCAGAAAAGUGGGAUUACUCAGAAUAGAAACCCAAACCAUUGGGUUGUUUUGAAGACUCUAUUAUAUGUCAAGUUCUUAGCAAUGCCUACCAUAUAUGCCUCACAAAUGAUAGCUAGCAUGAUUGUUGUUGUUUUUGGUGGUUAUAGUGACAGGAGAGGUGAGCAUGCUGUCGGGUUGAAGGAGGAAUUUUGCUCUGAAAGGGUUAAACUCGAACCAGCUGCUCCCAGUCCUGGUGAUAAGGUUGGAGGAAACACAGUCCAGGUCCCCAGCCCUGUCACAAGCGGAUUUAUGAGGUGCUGGUCACUUUGAGUCAGAGUAGAUGAUCCCCGCAGGCUGCGCAGGAAACAUUCAGGGUUAGUGGCCAGAAGGGGCUCAGGCCUCUGUUAAAAGAAUGAGACAGAGUAGAGAGAAAAAGAGAACGCCAGGCAGCAGGAGCCCCGCAAACACCCCACCCUGCAGGAGGGGAGAAGGGGAGAGAUGGGGUUGAAGGGAGAGACAGAGAAAAGGGAGAACCAGAGGCCCAGCCAGGAGGGCACAGACAGUGAGCCUGAGAGAGAGACGGCCGGCAAGAGUAAAGGAUGCAGGAACAGCCAGGCAGGGUCGGGGGCAGAGCAGGGGAGCGCGGGCCGCGGAAAGACCGAGAAAGCAGGAGACAAGGAGUUGUCCUUAAGGGCCAGAAGGAGGAACAAACAGAGAAGGGGGACUGCGGGGAGGGAAAGAAAAUCACAGACGCUGAGAGGGCGCGGGAGACCGUAAGGGUCUCCGGGUGUCCGCGCACCUGUACCUGCGCGCGCGUGCGUACCUGUGGCUGGCGGUGGGCACGUGCACGUGCUCGGGGGCAGCGCCGGGGGCGGGAAAGACGCAAGACCGCGGGCCGCGGGACAGAACGAACUCGAGGACCCUGACCCGGGUGACCCCCGCCCCCUCCCCCCGCGCUCCCGGGCCCCGAGCUGGUUAACGCGCCGCCCCCGCCGCGCCGGCUCCUCCCCGCCAGGGCAGCGCCCCGGCUCCGCCAACGCCCUCGCUAGACCUGGCGGCCGGCCUCUGGGCGGACCGCGGGUCCCUGGCGGCCGGACCGACCCGCGCCUGGCGGAUGCGCCCGGCGCGCCCACAGCAGCCCCCGCGCCCGCCGUGCCGCCUCCGGGACGUCGGGCCCUUGGGCCGUCGGGCCGCCUGGGGAGCGCCAGCCCGGAUCAGGCUGCCCAGAUGCGGGCGCCACUCUGCCUGCUCCUGCUCGUCGCCCACGCCGUGGACAUGCUCGCCCUGAACCGAAGGAAGAAGCAAGUGGGCACUGGCCUGGGGGGCAACUGCACAGGCUGUAUCAUCUGCUCAGAGGAGAACGGCUGUUCCACCUGCCAGCAGAGGCUCUUCCUGUUCAUCCGCCGGGAAGGCAUCCGCCAGUACGGCAAGUGCCUGCACGACUGUCCCCCUGGGUACUUCGGCAUCCGCGGCCAGGAGGUCAACAGGUGCAAAAAAUGUGGGGCCACUUGUGAGAGCUGCUUCAGCCAGGACUUCUGCAUCCGGUGCAAGAGGCAGUUUUACUUGUACAAGGGGAAGUGUCUGCCCACCUGCCCGCCGGGCACUUUGGCCCACCAGAACACACGGGAGUGCCAGGGGGAGUGUGAACUGGGUCCCUGGGGUGGCUGGAGCCCCUGCACACACAAUGGAAAGACCUGCGGCUCGGCUUGGGGCCUGGAGACCCGGGUACGAGAGGCUGGCCGGGCUGGGCAUGAGGAGACAGCCACCUGCCAGGUGCUUUCUGAGUCAAGGAAAUGUCCCAUCCAGAGGCCCUGCCCAGGAGAGAUGAGCCCCAGCCAGAAGAAGGGCAGGAAGGACCGGCGCCCACGCAAGGACAGGAAGCUGGACCGCAGGCUGGACGUGAGGCCGCGCCAGCCCGGCCUGCAGCCCUGACCGCCGGCUCUCCCGACUCUCUGGUCCUAGUCCUCGGCCCCUGCACACCUCCUCCUGCUCCUUCUCCUCUCCUCUUACUCUUUCUCCUCUGUCUUCUCCAUUUGUCUUCUCUUUCUUUCCACCCUUCUAUCAUUUUUUUGUCAGUCUACCUUCCCUUUCUUUUUCUUUAUUUCCUUUAUUUCUUCCACCUCCAUUCUCCUCUCCUUUCUCCCUCCCUCCUUCCCUUCCUUCCUCUUCUUUCUCACUUAUCUUUUAUCUUUCCUUUUCUUUCUUCCUGUGUUUCUUCCUGUCCUUCACCGCAUCCUUCUCUCUCUCCCUCCUCUUCUCUCCCUCUCACACACACUUUAAGAGGGACCAUGAGCCUGUGCCCUCCCCUGCAGCUCUCUCUAUCUACAACUUUAAGAAAGCAAACAUCUUUUCCCAGGCCUUUCCCUGACCCCGUCUUUGCAGAGAAAGGGUUUCCAGAGGGCAAAGCUGGGGCACAGCACAGGUGAAUCCUGAAGGCCCUGCUUUUGCUCUGGGGGAGGCUCCAGGACCCUGAGCUGUGAGCACCUGGUUCUCUGGACAGUCCCCAGAGGCCAUUUCCACAGCCUUCAGCCACCAGCCACCCCGAGGAGCUGGCUGGACAAGGCUCCCCUGGCCUGGACACCUCCCCCAGCUGGCCGUGGAGGGUCACAACCUGGCCUCUGGGUGGGCAGCCAGCCCCGGAGGGCAUCCUCCGCAAGCUGCCUGCCACCCUCAUCAGCACUCCCCCACAGGCCUCCCUCUCAUGGGUUCCAUGUCCCUUUUUCCCAAGCUGGAUCAGGUGAGCUGUCACUGCUGGGGGAUCCACCUGCCCAGCCCGGAAGAGGCCACUGAAACGGAAAGGAAAGCUGAGAUUAUCCAGCGGCUCUGUUCCCCACCUCAGCGCCUCCUGCCCACGUGGGGAAACAGGUCUGAGAAGGAAGGGGCUUGCCCAGGGUCACACAGGAAGCCUUCAGGCUCUGCUUCUACCUGUGCUCUGCUCAGCACAUUCACGGCCGAGAGGAGAAUCUGGGGGUCACUUGAGGGGGGAAAUGUAAGCAAUUGUGGGUGGGGAGCAAGGGAAGAUCCACGCACUCGCCCACACCCACCCCCACACUCGCUGACACCCACCACCGCACUCGCCCACACCCACCACCGGUGACUUGAGCAUCUGUGCUUCGCUGUGACGCCCCUCGCCCUAGGCAGGAACGACGCUGGGAGGAGUCUCCAGGUCAGACCCAGCUUGGAAGCAAGUCUGUCCUCACUGCCUGUCCUUCUGCCAUCAUAACACCCCCUUCCUGCUCUGCUCCCCGGAAUCCUCAGAAACGGGAUUUGUAUUUGCCAUGACUGGUUGGCCUGAACACAUAGGGCUCCGUGACUGGGACAGGAAUGGGCAGGAGAAGCAAGAGUCGGAGCUCCAAGGGGCCCAGGGGUGGCCUGGGGAAGGAAGAUGGUCAGCAGGCUGGGGGAGAGGCUCUAGGUGAUGAAAUAUUACAUUCCCGACCCCAAGAGAGCACCCACCCUCAGACCUGCCCUCCAUCUGGCAGCUGGGGAGCCCUGGCCUGACCCCCCGCCCACCGCAGGCCCACCCUCUCUCUGACUUCCCUGCUCUCACCUCCCUGAGAACAGCUAGAGCCCCCUCCUCCGCCUGGCCAGGCCACCAGCUUCUCUUCUGCAAACGUUUGUGCCUCUGAAAUGCUCCGUUGUUAUUGUUUCAAGACCCUAACUUUUUUUUUUAACUUUCUUAAUAAAGGGAAAAGAAACUUGUAAA